GUGUGCAAGUUCAAUAGAUAGUUUUGGUGAUUGUUGAUUGAACCCAUUGACAGCACACCUGAACAUGGCACACCCGUGAGAGAAAACAAAAAAGGAGAAACUUCUCUUACCCUGCGCACCUCCUCUCUCUUAUCCUGCACCAACCAUUAUCUCUCAGUUCAGUCCCCAGUACCCUCCAUUUCCAAGGGGACCCCAUUCCCCUGCAAAAACUUCAUUUUGUGUUGCAGUUACACAAUAACCGUCGCCGAAUGGUAAAUCGCCGUUAAAUGCACCACGUUGUGACAGUUUCAGCGAGUUUCUCUCUCCCAUCACCACGCCAAAUGUUGGUUACCCUUCAACUGUUCUUGUUGCCAUGUCCUGAUCUGGUUGGUUUUGGGAUUCAUUUCAUGAGAAAAAUCAAAACUUGCCCACUUGAUUUUAUUCGGUGUGAUCAUCAAAUUCGUUGUUCUAUAGAUCUGAGUCUCUGUAAAGAUAUUAACUGUACAUAAGAGGAUCUAGGCCUGCAGCGAUACUGACGUGCAAAUCUUUCGUCUGACUUGGGUAUAGGGGCGAAAGACUAAUCAAACCGUGUACCUUUGUGGACAAUUUGGUUCAUUUCAGGGCACAUGAUUGUUGCUGCUGAAUCUGGUUUUGAUUGAUUUGAUGAGAAUUUCUAUCAAUGUGGUCUAAUUGGGAUAGGGUGGAUGGAUGUAUGUGAAUCACAGCAAGCAUCAUCACGGAGGCUAAAAGCUGUGGAGACUCCAAGACCACCCUUGGUUCUGGCAGAAAAGAACAAUGCAGCCACCGCCACAGCCACCGCCCGGCGUUCUCGGACGAGGGAAGUUACUUCCCGGUACAAGUCACCUACUCCACCCUCCACACCAUCUGGCUCUAGGAGAUGUCCUUCACCUAAUCUCACAAGAACAGCAACGCCUGCAGCAUCCUUACAGUUGUUACCAAAAAGAUCACUUUCUGCUGAAAGGAAGAGGCCUUCAACCCCUCCUUCACCGCCGUCACGACGACUGUCUACACCUGUCAAUGAUUCAGCUAUUGAUGGGAGGUUGUCAUCUAGGAAGGUAGCAGCUAGCCGUUUGCCGGAAGGGCAUAACCUAUGGCCUUCCACCAUGCGGAGCUUGAGUGUUUCUUUUCAGUCAGAUAUCAUUUCCAUACCUGUUAGCAAGAAAGAGAGGCCGGUUACUAGUGCUUCCGAUCGUACCUUGCGGCCGGCUUCUAAUGUGGCGCAUAGGCAGGGUGAGACUCCAUCAACCAUAAGGAAGGCUACACCAGAGAGAAAGAGGAGUCCUCUUAAAGGGAAGAAUGCUUCUGAUCAGUCUGAGAAUUCUAAACCAGUUGAUAGUUUGCCUUCUCGGUUGAUAGAUCAGCAUCGGUGGCCGAGUAGGAUAGGUGGGAAGGUGUCUUCUAGUGCAUUAAACAGAAGUGUUGAUUUUGGAGAUGCUAGAAUGUUGAAGACUCCAGCUUCUGGAACUGGUUUUUCUUCACUGAGAAGAUUAUCUUUAUCAGAAGAAGCAAGUAAACCCUUGCAAAGGGCUUCUAGUGAUAGUGUAAGACUGUUAUCUCUUGUUGCAAGUGGCAGAACAGGAAGCGAGGUGAAAUCAGUUGAUGACUGUUCGCUACAUGAUUUAAGACCUCACAGAUCUUCUACACCUCACACAGAUAGAGCAGGACUAUCGAUUGCUGGGGUCAGAUCUCAGUCUUUGUCAGCUCCAGGAUCACGUCUGCCCUCACCCAGUAGAAUCUCAGUGCAAUCUACUUCUAGUUCAAGAGGUGUCAGUCCAUCUAGGUCAAGGCCAUCAACUCCUCCUUCUAGAGGAGGGGUUAGUCCAUCUCGGAUUAGGCCUACCAGUUCAUCCAUUCAAUCCAACGAUUCAGUUUCAGUGCUCAGCUUUAUUGCUGAUUUUAGAAAAGGAAAAAAGGGUGCAGCCUUCAUAGAAGACGCUCACCAAUUACGGCUUCUCUACAACAGAUUCAUGCAAUGGAGGUUUGCAAAUGCGAGAGCUGAGGCUGUGCUUUACAUCCAAAAUGCAAUUGUACAGAAAACUCUAUAUAACGUAUGGAUCGCUACUUUGUCCCUCUGGGAGUCUGUUACUAGGAAGAAGAUCAAUCUUCAGCAGCUGAAGCUCGAGCUAAAACUGAAUUCUGUUUUGAAUGAUCAAAUGGCCUACCUUGAUGAAUGGGCUACGCUUGAGACAGAUCAUGUUGACGCUCUAUCCGGUGCUGUGGAAGAUUUGGAGGCGAGCACCCUUCGUCUUCCUGUAACUAGAGGAGCAAUGGUAGAUAUUGAGCAUUUGAAGGUUGCUAUCUGUCAAGCUGUUGAUGUCAUGCAAGCAAUGGGGUCUGCAAUUCGCUCUUUAUUCUCACAGGUGGAGGGCAUGAAUGAUUUAAUUUCUGGAGUUGCUGUUGUAGCAACAAAGGAAAAAUCCAUACUUGAUGAAUGUGAAAUGCUACUGGCUUCAGUAGCUGCUUUGCAGGUAGAGGAAAGUAGCCUACAGACGCAUCUAAUUCAAAUCAAGCAAGUUUUGGGGAUAAUCAACUAGUCAAUUUCAACUUAAACACACAUGAGCCUGACCUGCUGCCAAGCUAACAAGUGAUAACUUUUCUCUCGCGGCUUCAGCCAUAGUAUCAGUGUCUAAUAUUUUUCAGGUUCUUUACCAUUGUAAAUUUUAGAAUAGGUAUUUUUCCUGUUAAAUAUGCUGAAAUUGAUAUUAUUUUGUUACCCCAUAUUUUUUUUUCUUCAUUUUCCCUACACUAGAGGCCGGAGGCUUCCACUUGUAAUUUGUAUCAAGCACAGGAAAAGAAAAUGAAAAUGAAAAGGAAUGGAGCAAAAAUUGACACCCAUCCAAAUUUACUCUC